AUGGACGGCGUACAGCCGCCCCCAGAGGGCCCAAUCGCCUCAAUCGCAGAACCCGGCAUCAAGGCCGAGGGGCAGCUGCUCUUCGAUCUGCGCCGGGAGGUUGCAAAUCUCCUGCAUCGCAAUCAAACGAGCUUCCCCGGCGCACAGCCCGUCAGCUUCGCGCGCAAGCACAUGGACGAGCUCCGGAACAAAGAUUACUACGUCUGCGAGAAGUCGGACGGCAUCCGGUACCUGCUGUACCUGACCGAGGACGAGAGCGGCCGCGAGAUUCACUACCUCAUCGACCGCAAAAAUGACUAUUGGUUCAUCAAGAACAGCAGCUUCCACUUCCCGCGCAAAGAUGACGUGGGCAAGCACCACACGCGCACUAUCGUCGACGGCGAGCUGGUCAUGGACGACGUUGGCGGCGGUCAAAAGGCUCCUCGCUUCCUCGUCUUCGAUUGCCUGGUUCUCGACGGCCAGGACCUCAUGUCGCGCACCCUCGAUAAGCGCCUGGCGUACUUCCAGGAAAACAUCUACAAGCCUUAUCGCGAUUUGUUCAAACAGUACCCGGAGGAGAAGGACUUCCAGCCGUUCCUCGUAGAGAUGAAGUCGAUGCAGCUCUCGUACGGCAUAGAAAUGAUGUUUCGCGAAAUCCUGCCGAAGCUGCGACACGGCAACGACGGCCUCAUCUUCACGUGCGUAUCAUCCGACUACAAGCACGGCACCGACCCGCACAUCCUCAAGUGGAAGCCGCCUGAAGAGAACACGGUGGAUUGCCGGCUACGCUUGAACUUUCCGACGGUCCACCCGGACGAGAACUUUGACGACUUCACGGAGCCGUACAUUGACUACGAAAGUGUGCCGCGUUCAGAGCUGUGGAGCUUCAUGGGCGACGGACAGUACCAGUUCUUCUCGGAGGUGCACAUCACCGAGGACGAGUGGGAGACGCUCAAGUCCCUUGGGGAUCCGCUGAACAACCGCAUCGUCGAGUGCCACAAGGACGACAAGAACCGGUGGAGGAUCAUUCGCUUCCGCGAUGAUAAGGCCGAAGCCAAUCACAUUUCCACGAUCAAGAGCGUGAUGGAGAGUAUCGAGGACCGCGUCACGGAGAAGGACCUAGCUGAGGCGGCCAAGGGAAUCAAAGACUGCUGGAAAACGAGGAAGAGAUGA